AUGGCGUCGAUGUCGGCGCACGAGUAUUUGGAGCAAAACCUCUCUUUCGUGCUCGAGAAGGUGGGCGUGGUCACGUACGAGGACCGCCCCGUUGACGUUCACUACUACACGCACAGCCGCAUCGGGCAGUUCGUGGUGGAGAAGUCCAUGGUGCUGGGCCAUGAGUCGGCCGGCGUCGUGCACGCCGUUGGGUCAGCUGUUAAGUCGCUCAAGCCGGGUGACCAAGUGGCCAUGGAGCCCGGUAUCCCGUGCCGGCGCUGCGUGCGCUGCCUUGAGGGCCGCUACAACCUGUGUCCGGGCAUGGCGUUCGCGGCUACUCCGCCAAUUGACGGCACGCUGGCCAAGUUCUACGUCAUCCCCGAGGACUUCUGCUACAAGCUGCCGCCCCACGUGAGCAUGCAGGAGGGCGCGCUGCUCGAGCCCACGGCCGUGGCCGUGCACUUCUGCCGCCUGGCCAACGUCCGGCCGGGCAAUAUCGUCGUGGUCUUUGACGUCAAUGAGGCCCGUUUGGCAUUCGCCAAGGAGCACGCGGCCACGCAGGUGUUCCAGAGUAAGUCGAGUCUCACCCCAGAGGAGACGGCCAAAGAGAUCAUCGCCGAGUGCGGGCUCGGUGAAGGCGCGGACGUGGUGAUCGACGCUAGCAGGGCCGAGCCGUGCAUCCAGACUGCCGUCUACAUCGCGCGCAACGGAGGCUCGUACACUCAAGGCGGCAUGGGCAAGACGGACGUCAUGUUCCCGAUCGGCAUCUUGUGCGGCAAGGAGCUCCACGUGACCGGCAGCUUCCGCUACUCGGCGGGCGACUACCGGCUCGCGCUCGACAUGAUCGCGAGUGGUAAGCUCAGCGUCAAGGAGCUGAUCUCCAAGACGGUUCCUUUUGAAGAAGCCAAGGAGGCGUUCGAGAACGUCAAGCGCGGCAAUGGCAUUAAGUGGCUCAUCGAAGGACCCAAAAACUGA